GUAUACGCGUUCAGUGUAUACUCAGUGACAGGACUAUCGCAGUUAACGCAGCGGUGAGAAGAAAACUACGAUCAUGAAGAUAUUUCUGUGCUUCGCUAUUGUCCUCUUGCUCGCAACCACGAGCAAAGCCAUCGACUGCAACCGUUACUCAUGCAAAUCUAGCCACACCUUGUGCAAAUAUCCAAAUCCAAAUCCGGCACCAGCUUGCGGCUCGGUGAUGUCCGUGGGAUUUACGGACGCAGAGAAGAAUGCAAUAGUUAAAAAGCAUAACGAUCUAAGAGCGUACGUUGCCGCUGGAAUGGAGAAGCAAGGCAAUCCUGGACCUCAACCCCCCGCUCUGAACAUGAAAACCAUGAUCUGGGACGAAGGUUUGGCCGAGGUGGCUCAAAGGUGGAGCAAUCAAUGUCACUUUGGUCACGAUCAAUGCAGAAACGAUGCAUCUGACGGAUACGUUGGACAAAAUGUUGCCUGGGCGGGUUGGACCGGUGGAGCUGGCAGCAAACCCGAAGACCUCGUUCAAUCGUGGUACAACGAAGUGAAGGACUUCGACAGGAACCAAGUUUCUCGAUUUACAGGACAGAACUUCGAGAAGGUGGGUCACUAUACUCAAUUGGUAUGGGCGAAUUCGUAUAGACUCGGUUGCGGGAAGAUCACAUACAAGGCGCCAGGUUCCCAAUGGACGAGUUUGUACUUGGUCUGCAAUUACGGACCAGGUGGUAACUAUAUAAAUUCUCCGAUUUAUGAAAUCAGACAGUAACCACUGAAACGAGUAGUUCAUUGAAAAUGCAUAGCCAAGUUCUAACAAGACAUACAUGUAUCAGCGGAAGUAGAAUAAAAAGAUACUUAUAUAUGCUUGUAUAAA